UGGGCAGGCGCAAUCGGCACCACCAAGAGAAACCUAGACACAACACCACCACGUCCACCCAACCCCCCGUACUCCUCUGUCGCCCUCGUGAUCGGCGCCACUGGCAUCCUCGGGACCAGCCCCCUUGACAUCCUCUCUAGACUCUUCCCUCUCUUCGACGUCACGUACCUCUUCUACGUUUCCACCGUCAUCCCUUCCACUCCCAAUCUUCAGCACGUCUGCCUUCAGACCGUCCGCAAACACUAUGUCACCUUUGAAUCCCUUGGCAAGAUCAAGCCCCACGAGCCCUGUUUCACGAGGACCUCGUCAGCCUCAACUGGAGCAUUUAUGUUGUUGUUUUAUGGGUUCUAA